AUGUCCAAACCAACUUAUUCCGAUGCUGAAUGGCGGCGACUGGUGAAACUUCAACAACAAAUUGCUGAGGAACGGCGAGAUGCUCUGGCUAAGGUGAUGCGUCUUGAGCGUCAGGAGUCUUUGCUUCGUUCUCGUGCCGGUGAUUUUAUCGCUCGCGAUUAUAAGGAGAUUGCAGAGUUGGAAGAUCUUGAACGUCGAGAAAAAGAGGAAUCUGAACGUCUUGAAAAGGAACGUAAGGCUCGUGAAGAGCAAGAGAAUCUUCAGAAACAAAGAAAGGACAUUGAGUACAAUGCUCAACUGGCAUCAAUGUCUGAUGAUCCUAGUUUGACUCAGAUGCUGAAUUCCCCUUCCUUCUGGGAGAAUUUCGACUCUGCUGUCGCUGGUGGUAUUCCUUCACCAACUGGUGGCAACCAGUCAAGUUCGCAAUAG